AUGUUUUUCGUAUAUGGAAGUGGUGGAACUGGAAAGACAUUUUUGUGGACAGCCAUAUUGGCGAAACUCCGGUCACAAAAGAGAUUUGUACUGGAAGUUGCUUCAUCUGGAAUCGCGUCAUUACUAUUACCGGGAGGCAGAACAGCGCAUUCACGGUUUAAAAUUCCCCUUACACCAGAUGAAACUUCAAUUUGUAAUAUAGCUAAAAAUAAAGAUUUGGCAAAAUUAAUCCAAAGGGCAGAAUUAAUCAUAUGGGAUGAAGCACCAAUAAUGCACAGAAACGCACUAGAAGCUGUUGACAAGACAUUGAAGUUCCUAAUGGAUGAUUCAGAUAAAAUAUUUGGAGGGAAAACUGUAUUACUUGGUGGAGAUUUUAGACAUGUUUUACCUGUAAUUCGUGGAGAAACAAGAGCAGAUAUCGUCAGUGCUUCAAUAAACAGGUCGCGCAUGUGGAGUCAUUGCCGAGUGUUCAAAUUAACAAUCAAUAUGCGUAUAAGGAACACAGAUGCUGAUACAGUUGAGCUUCAAAAGAUAAAAUAA